UUUACAUUUCUUUCGACCAAUCAGCAAUCGAGUUGGUCACGUGACGUUGAUGAGCGGUAAACCUAUGAAAAGCAAGAGAGACAUAAGUGAUUUUUUUUAACGAUUUUGGCCAUGAAACGCACGGAAUUGGAAGAUUUCCAAGAAACAUAUGAACAGCGUUUCGGCUGUUGCAUUUGUCUGGGACCACGUCUUCACAUGGUAUCUGGACAGUGUCAGCACAGGAUAUGUGUUGACUGCCUCUAUGUGGAAGAUGAGAGACGUCCGUGCAUGGAGGCAUGCCCAAUCUGCUCAAUGUUCGACUCCUUUCCCAAAACCAGACCCAUCAUUCCGACACAAGUGAUAGAUGUACAGAAGUGCUUGGGAGUGUCUGUGUGUCAGUCUGGGUGUGGUCUGGAGUUGUGGUACUGGGAAACAGAUGAGCAUGAAAGGAGCUGCCCAGCAGCAGGCAAUGUUAAACCUGUCAGGGCAGUGCAGCAGAGUCCCCACAGGCGGAGUCGUGUUAACGACAUCGGAAGAGUGAGUGUGACAGCUCGGACCAGGGUGCCAGCAUGCAAGAGAGUCACUCGAUCCAAGAGUGUUCGGUCUACCAGGCCACGAUACGGCCCCAUGUGAUUUGAAAUGACAUGAUUAAGUUGUGCUGCCCCACGUUGCAUUCAAGUUUUCUGUGUAUUUCAUCGCCUUUAAGUCAAAGCUGUUGAUGAACAACUUGCGUCUAAUGUUUUGUAUUAAAAUCUCAAACCCAUAAUUUUGAUAAAGAUAUUGGACAUAUGUCAUUCAGAUCCUCUCUCCACUUUUUUUAUGAAAAUCUUGACCAUGUUGUUAGAUAAAAUACUUGCAACCAUAUUAAAUAAAUAAAUCUUAUAACAAUAAGCUCUAGAUCAUGGUCCAUUAUUUCAAUAAGCUCUAGAUCAUGGUCCAUUAUUUCAAGAAGCUCUAGAUCAUGGUCUAUUAUUUCAAUAAGCUCUAGAUCAUGGUCCAUUAUUUCAAUAAGCUCUAGAUCAUGGUCCAUUAUUUCAAUAAGCUCUAGAUCAUGGUCCAUUAUUUCAAUAAGCUCUAGAUCAUGGUCCAUUAUUUCAAUAAGCUCUAGAUCAUGGUCCAUUAUUUCAAUAAGCUCUAGAUCAUGGUCCAUUAUUUCCUAAAUAUACCUUAAGAAUUGUUAUUUUAUGUUGAUACCAACAUUUGAGACUUAACUCAUAGUUUUGAUGAAUAUCUUGGGGAUACACAUGUUUAAUGUAAAUCUCAGAUCGUGGGUAAGUAAAUGAUCUGUUUGUACAUAUCGUAAAAAAACUGUAAGUGUAUGGCUAAGUGUUUAUCUUGUGAUUUUAACUGUUGCUUUUUUGUUCCAAGUUUAUUUCAAUUUAUUUUGACUUCUUGGUGUGAAGUAAUGUUGAUGUAAUUGAGUUAUUGUUUAUUGUAUUUAAUUUUUAAAUGGUUCAUGGUUGUGAACUGUGUCACACUGUAAAGAGUUCAUAUUUAUAUAUUUAUUAUAAACUCCAAUGCGGUAUAUAUUAUUUGUACAUACUUGAUGAAUGUAAAUAACAUUUUGCUAGUCAUCGAGACAAUGUGAAUAAGGACCAAGUCAGUCAUUGCCUACCUCAAGGUUAAAGGUUUGAACUCCCAUUUUCAUGUCCGUCUUAGGUCUACUAUGGCUUUCAAAGGAUUCAUGUUAAACUUGCGAAAAUAUCAAGGGCAUUUAGCCACUGUGAAGAAGCCAUGAAAAAGUAAUUUCCUGCUUAAGGCCGUACCUCAAGGUAAAUGGUAGGAGCUUCCAUUUUUAUGUCACUUUGUGAAAGUACACCUUUGAUGGGACAAGGAAUGUAUGUGUAUACCAAACCUUGUAUAUCUAAGGAAAACAUGAAAGGAUCAACGUAUUAGAAUUUCUUUGGUGCUUUGACAUCGAGUUGAUAUUCAGUCAUUUCGUUUGGUUAUAUGUAUUAAUUCAUAUAAUUUAAUGAUAUAUUGAUUGUUCAAAUAAAACAAACAUGCAUUUUCAUUUCUUAAGCAUACACUCGGAGCAUUUACUGGAACCUGUAUAUAAAUGCUAUUUAGUAUAAGCUUGUUGAUCAGUGUGUAUAUUUACAUUCAUGUAUUAUUUAUUGUACAAACUGGAUUCGUCUCCUUUAUGUAUAUUAGUUUCAUUUUGACUGUAAAUUUACUUUUGUUUUGCACCUUGUUUUACAAUGAGACAUUUUGUAAUUUUUUAUGUUCCUUGUUACCAAAUAUUCUGCAAUAAAAAAGAGUGAUUUUA